CUUCAACUACGUACUCAUUACAAUCCUUUCAAACCUCAUCCUUGACAUGCCCUAACAAAUCAUCAUGUUCUCAGCGGACCAACCAAGACCGCACUCGACGCGGCCCAAACGAAACCGUCAAUCCGCAGGCAAAGAUGAGCCUCGUCUGCCUCUCCCAAAGAGAAAACGACUACAGAAAGACACUUAUGAACCUUUGACCGAAGCUAGCUUAAACGAAGUCGCAGGACGCGAUAUUACAGAAUCAAAGAGCCAUGGCCAAUCUACACAAUCCGCGCAGUCCAAAGAAAUCACUAUCAGAUCGAAAAAAUUGCCUGAGAAAAGAUCUGAACGCGGGGCGACAGCAGCCUUGACGUUGACCAACAACGAUUUUUACACCGUCAAUCAGUUGCCUGCACUCCCUGACCAGAUUCGAAAUCAUCCAUCUCUACCCUACUCCUGCAUCAUCUGUCCUGAAUAUGGAUACGCACUCGCGUUGACCCAUUCCGACGCCUUGAUCUGGCCAUUCAACUCCAGCGCCUCUACCCCUUCCUUACGAGAUAUUAUCAGUUUCAAAUUACCAUUUCCUCCUGCCUCUGUCAACGAUCCUCUCCCUGUCGCCGCCUUUACCGCCCGGUCUGCCAGUGGAGAACCUGGUCUGGUUGUCAUCAGUUCAAGAUGGGGGAAGAUCGUAUAUUGGGAGACCCUGUCAAGUGCAUCGUCCUUCAUCCCGGGUCAGGCUGCGAGCGGUAUUCAGGCAUCCAUCCCCAAUUACAUGAGCAGUGAGGUGGUAGAAGAGGUCAUCAAUGCCGAACCUUCGGGUUUUAUCCUUGCGCUCAGAACUGGUCGCGUCGCUCAUCUGACCCUGCGUGACCAGAUGGGCCGACCAAAUAUCGGUGUCAUGUUCCUGCGGAAAGACAGCAAUGUUUCCGGUAUCUUUGGCAGCAUUCGCAACGUUCUCGCCGGACACAGAGGAAAGGGCACAGCGAUCAUCAAGGCCGGCGGUUCGCGCAAGGGCCAACGCGAUAUCGUGGUCGCAACAGAAGAUGCCAAUCUGGAGUUCUGGAACACAAACGCCACCGUGGGAAACUCCCUCGAAACCUCGUUCAGCUUCAAAGAAGAGAUCUUGGAGGCUCUCAAAGCUUUGGUCCCAGAUACCACCAUGAACUUCAAGGUUCUGGACUUGGAACUAUCUGCCGGACCCAGCACGGCACGUAGGGAGAGCCGAGGCGCGCCAAUGAUGGUUCUUGUGUCACUUUCAGUCCAGGAUCGCACUCAGUACUACCUUGUCGAGAUGGUGGUUGAUCAAGAGGCCAAAGUCAAGGUCGUCCACCCCAUAAAAUGCUACCAGUCCCCAAUCACCGAGCAAGAGUCGUGGAGGCCUCGAUUAUGCCUGUCCAAGUCUCAGCCUGUGGCCUUUAUUCUUUUUGAGAAUGCCGUCGUCUUGUUCUCUCUGGCCAGGAUCCGGGAGUCGCCAUCGUCACAGUUGUUGAUGGAACGCCAUUCUCUUCCCGACCCUUUUCAGGAUGUCAUUCGCUUUCAAGAGGGGACGAUUUACAAGAUUCUCGGUUACGCGUUGGAAUCCGGCAAACAAGCCACAGUACUCUUUGGGGUGCAAGGUUUUGGGAUUGUGAAACUUUCUUCACAUCUGGGAGAGACUGAAGAACUGGAUGUCGAUGAUCUUGAGGAGCGCAUCACUGCCAAAAGCAAAAUCGAACAAGCAAUCUUCUUCGGCACCAUCAAACAGAACCCCUUUGAUCUUAAAAACCCCAGCCAGACUUUCUCUCGCCAGGAAGUGGAAAAAGCAGCAAUUGAGAUUAGUCUGGAGAUUCUCUCUUCGACGUCCAAAUACCUCCCCAGAAGCACGCCUCAGAUUGAACAGCAGAUGCGCCUGCGAGCCAAAGCUAUGGACGACUUGGUUUCGUACGUCCUGAGUCAUUACUCGAUAUCCCGAGUGGCUCGCUUUGAGUUAUUGUUGAAUGCCGAGAAACUCGCAGGAGCCCAAGCAAUCUGGAAGACUCAAGAAGCCAUUCAAAGAAAAUACCCACAGAAGGAUCGUGAAAUGUCAUACUUGGACUUUACUCUUCGAGCGUUGCACGAGAGCCGUCAGAAGUAUCCUAAUGCCGACAAAGGGGAGAAUGACCGUGUUCGGCACUGGCUCGUCAACAGCGUGGAGAUGAUUGGGUACCUCAUGUCCGAGCUGGUUAGCUGCAUCAAAGAGUUGGCGCCGAUGGAUGUGACGGACCCCAACGUGAUUGCCGACUAUCUACUGGAGGCUGUUGACAUAUGGAUUGCAACAUAUCAGGCAGUUCUCAAAUUCCGAGAAGACAAUGCACCACAUUACGGGCUGAGCGACGAGGUGUUUGAAGACGGUGUGCUCAAGACGGGCUUCCCAGUCGAACUCCCCCAUCCAUGGACGUCGGUACAGGAGCCGUUCGGCUACGCGCAAAAGUUGAUUUACGAUAUCUGCAAGUUUCUGGAAGACUGGAAGACGCUGAUCCCCAAGAAGAAGAAAAAGGCGCCAACCAACGAUGAUGGUAAACCCUACGACGCGCCGAACAAGGCAACGAUCAAAGACCUGGCGUCCCGACUUUACGAUGAGGUUCUUCUUUUCUCGAAGAUCGCCAAGGAAGAAGCCAUUCAGGCAGAACUUCGGCUGCGAGCUGAGCCAGGUAGUAGCCCAGAUAUUGUGGAAGACGAAGUCCGAGCCAUACGAAAGGAAUACCGCGAUCGACUUCGACACGUACUGGUAGCGAUAUCCAAGUUCAACAUCGUGGGUGCUAUUCAGCUCGCCGAAAACUUCCAAGACUUUGGUGCGCUGGUCGAUCUCCAUUAUGCAUACUACCGACAUCUACAAGUCGAAAUUAAGCAAGAUCCGUCUCUCCAAACGACCAAUACGACAAAGCUGGAAGAGAUGCAGGACCGAGCAGAGACAUACUUUGAGCGAUUUGGCAAGGGCUGGGCAUAUGCUAACUUCAGCCAGUUGGUUGCCGAUGGCGAAUACGGAAGUUUGUUGCUCAAGGGCCAAGAAGAUCAAAGCAAGCAGAAGUUCCUCAACUGGUUUUUCCGCAAGUCACAGAAGCUCGGACAACGUCUCGGCAAGUUGAGUUGGAUUUCCGAUGUCAUCAGCUCAGCCAACUUCGGGCGAGCGGAGAAGACAUUGCUGGAGGUUGCCCAAGAAGAGACUGACGACGUGUGGAACAAGAAGAUCCAAUUGUCACUGGCAAAACUGGCUGGACUGGCUGCCGGAGAAGAGGAUCGCACCAAGUACGACCGAGACAUUGAGCUUAUCAGCAUUCAGGAGCUGGUGCAUUCACAUGUUGCUGGAGUGGUUGGACCAACGGUCGAUGACAAAGCAGCUAUUGAGCUUGGGAACGAGAUCUUUGCCUCCAAAGUGGUGUCCAAGAUGCCAGGCUUGGGAAGACAAUUGAAGAUUGGGCUAAGCAUGCUACUGAAACAAGCUCCACUUUCGGCGGAAGAAUUGGUCGAUGUUCUCACGUUAAUGGACCCAGUCGAAUUCACAGGAAGUCCAGAGGACGAACCCGGAGUGCUAGGACGCGAGUUUGCCCUUGCUCUCAAGGUUGUGGACUUCUCAGGCUUGUCGCAGAGCUCCCAAGACAACCUUCGAACGAUCAUCUGGAGACGAGCCAUGAUUCGCGACGAUUGGGCGAUUUUGAAUGAGACAGGCGGCAAAGCGGACGAAGUGGUCGAAGCAGCGAUGCAGGAGACCAGUCUGUUCAAGACACUACAAUUGGCGCUUCUGGAGCAACUACAGAACGGCGAUCAUCUGUACUUGGUCUCGCCGAGCGAAAUCUUGGACAAGGACGUUUUCCCCAAGGACGUCCGAGAUCGAUGUCUAGAGAGCGACGUUGAAGCGAUUGAGAAAGACAUGGUUCAAGAACAAGCCAAACUGCGGAAGUUUGUGGAGACCGGAAGACUCGAUGAGCAUUAUGGUGGGCUGGUUACAAGUGCUGAAAAGGCUGUCAGGGCAUAUCAAGAUCAACAAGGUGACGCGAUGGCGCAGGAUGUCAGCGGCGUCGAGGAAUCCAACGAUGUUUGAUUAUGGAGAUGGACAUUGAGGGUGAUUUCACAUGGAGGCAUUGUGGCCCUGUAGAAUUAAAAGGCAUACCUUAGGUAAUGGACGAUGAGAGCAAUAAGAAGACGACGGACGAGGCUGAUGAGAAGAUCACGUCUUGAUAUUGCUCUAUUUCGAUGAG